GGGAGGGCAGCUGCAGGGCCCAGGAGAGCCGUCGGAGGAACCCAGGAGCUGGAGCGUCUCAAAACUAAGCUCUCGCAUCAGGACGCCACCAUUUCUGCACUUAGACGCGAGAUCAGCGUCCUGCGCAGCAAAACGGGCUCCGUGGUGCUCCCCGGCCUCCCCGCACCCGAUGCCCCGAAAGCGCCACGCCCCUCCAGUGCCCAGCUGCCUCUCCUGUCCGCCAGGAGCACCGAGCAGUACGCCGAAGGAGAGCUGGCCCACUUGGUCGGCCAAGAGGGGCUCCUCCCCCCCAUCCCUCGCGAGGACUCCCCUGACGAAGGAGCUCGCGCCUCGGGGGAGGGGCCAGGGGAGGGGGACGCCAGCGGGGGGAACACCGUGCGGUUCGGGAGCGACGGCGACGGCGACGACGAGGACGAGAGUGAGGCUGCUUCCUCUGACGGCUCGGUUUGAGGAUGUCUUGUCUGUCCUUGGGUGUGUGUCGUGUGAGGGUUCCCUUCUCUUCCCAUUAAUUGCUUAUCAGUUCAUUGAUUGGCAUAUAUUUUAUAUUCAAUGUGUGUGACUAAUAUUGUGAUGUGAUUGAGUGUUACAAAUAGAACCCUGGGAUCCUCACUGCUAUAAUGUUUUAAUAGUGUAUGAUAUGUGUAAA